UUUCCCUAUAGGAGUCAAGUCGCGCAUUCUGCAGCUCUCAGGUUUCACUCUUCACUACAGUACGAACCCACGAAUCCGGAGGGAUUGUCCUUCUCAAACAGUCUAGCCCCACUGCUGAGGUUUCCGUCCUAGGAGAAGAAUGUGAACUUGAAAAGUUUCGCAGCUUUUUGCAGCUUCGAAGUUGAAGUGGAACUCAAAGGUGCACGGUGCGAAAGCGCAACAAGGGUUUUCCACACACACACACACACACACACACACACAUACACACACACACACACACACACACACACACACACACACAUGCAGCCUGCGGAUGUAAAUAAGAUAUCAAGAGUCUGAGGACAAAAAGAGAGAGCGGAAUAAUGAAGCUUGGGUGUGGGUUCUGCAGCCUACUGCUGUUUCAUGCCAUAGGAAUGAGGAUGAUGAUGUGGCGAUGAAGGACCCAAGGACAGACCUGUGUGAAUCCUAAACAGCUGGAACAGCUUUUUUUGUGAUGCAUACCAUCCCUAAAGCAUGCCAGUGAGAUGAUGUGCUCGGCCAUGCAGAAGGCUCUGGGAGCAGGGAUGAAGCUGAAAGUGAAGCGGCGCUACAUUGUGCUCUUUCUGUCUCUCCUCACCCUGUCAGUAAUGAUGAUAAACACAUAUUCACCUUUGCCCUGUGAUCAGAAAUGUUUGCUAUCACAAGGGCCUCACCAUAACCAACCCACUGAGGCAGGAGCAAGGAACUCUAAGCAUCUACCGCCAAACAUUCAUAGGGGAUCUUGGAAGCUUUCUAAAAUGAAAGCGUCAGAAAAGCACAUAUCAGUAAUUGACGACCACCAACAUAGAGGCAGUAAACUACAGGAAAAUGUCCAUUUUUCAACCAGAAGUAAUACUAAAAAUACGUUUGUGAAAUUAAAACAAGUGUUUUAUCAAGGCAGAAACAAGCACUCCUCCCAGACAAAUAUGGCCAAUACAAAGGAAAGGUUAUCCAACCAACCAGGCAAUGGCAAUGACUCCAAAUAUUCCAGCCACCUUCAUGUUCCCAGACAUGACCAAACCAUACAUCACUCAACCAGCAUACAUUCCCUCCACCCAGAUAUUAAGCCAUGCAGGCACAAAUGCACUCCAGAUGGGCCCAAACCAGAGGGGCUGAAGGGGAAAGACAGUGUAGGGCUGUCUGCAGAAUUUGAAUUGGCCUCAAAAGGAACCAAAACAUAUGAAAGUCAAGCAAAAUUCUCUGAGAAGAAACAGCACCACUUUAUGGUUGAAAACAACCAAGUUUCUGGAGAAGGGGCUGAGGGGAGGGACUUCACGACUAGUUGGUGUGAGACUUUUCAUGAUCAGCAUUUCAGGCAAGUUUUGGACCAAACUAGAGCUGAAUCUUUGCCCUGGUUUAGUGAGGAUGAUGUGAAGAAAAUGAAUCUCCUUGCCAGAGGCACUGUGUUGAGUAAAGACAGAAUUCCAGGCCAUGGCCAAGUGCUUCAAGUGGGACUUGGUAGUUGCAAUGAAAACACUACAUUACUAAAAGGGGACCAUAACAGACUCUGCCAGACAGGGCAGUGUGCCCUGAUAAAGCGCCCCAGUGAUUGGUUUGAGGUUCUUGCGUUCCAUUUGGACAGGGUCUUGGGUUUGAACCGCAGUCUUCCAGCAGUGCUAAGGACCUUUAAAAGUGACCUAUUACCAUAUAAGUAUACCAGUGGUUCUGCCAGACCUGUGGUGUGGUGGGACCCAGAUAUUCAGCAUCUAGCUGAUGAUGAUAAUGACCAGAACUCAUUUUCCCUCACCUGGCCCCAAUAUCAGGAUCUGCUAAAAGCAAGAUGUGGGAUGCAAGUGCCUCUGAACUCAGCAGUGUGUGUAGGUGUACACCAUUCAGAGUGGGGAAGAUUGGCACUGUUUGACUUCCUGUUACAGGUAAAUGACAGACUGGACCGGUACUGCUGUGGGUUCCAGCCUGACCCUGCUGAUAUGUGUGUGGAAAACCUUCUGAAUGUCAAAUGUGCAAACCCUAAACAUUUAAUGCUGGUGCAUAUUCUGGUUCGGAGGACAGAUCCCUCCAGACUAGUGUUUAUAGAUAAUGCAGGCAGGCCUCAUCAUCCACAAGACAACCUCAACUUCAGACUGAUUGAGGGCAUUGAUGAGUUUCCGGAGAGAGCCAUCUCAGUGCUGCAGUCUGGCUGUCUGGAGCAGCUGCUCCUGCGCUCGCUGUCUGUGGAUAAGGAGCUGUGGGUGAGUCAAGGAGGAGCAGCAGGCCUCAGAGCCACCAUCUACACUCUUCAGCACAGAGCUCGAAUCCUGCUGCAGCACAUCCAGAACAAGAGAGUAAACAGCGAUCUGUGAAACUAUACCUAUUUAAAAGAACUUAUACUGACUACAAGCAGGCAAGUUAAAAGUUUGCAAGUUGUGAUUUUUAAAAUGAAUAAUAGGUGGUGAUAUCUGCAGCUGCUGCUGCAUUGUGUGCAAAACAGUAAUAAUAUACUAAAGGUGGUGCUACAUUUAUUUGGCAAUGUGAAACAACGGCUUGGUGCAGCGCACUUAUAAGAAAGUAGGUUAUCUAAUAUUGAUACUGACCAUUCUCAAGAGUAAAUCUGGGAUGUUUUUAUUGAAGAUAGUCUUUUUCACUAUCCUCAAAAUUCUUUGUACAAAAAAAAAAUCCACACACACAAAAUAAAUAAACUGGCAAGCUAAUCUAAGAGUAAGCUAGUUAAGUUAGUUAGCUAGUUAAAGCAUCUGUGUCUCUUUCAGUACUACACUUGAUUUAGCAAAUGUGGGAAGCCAAGGUAAACUUUUUUAAAACUGUAUCAUACAAUAUACUAUUGAGUUGUGAGGCUGUUUUGCAGAAAGGAAUUUGGUGUGUUGAACAUUGUUGUAUGCUCAGAAUAUUCUUAUUGAAAUCCCAGUAUGCAGUAGAGUCCAGAGAUUUUAUCAGUUCUGGAUACAAAGUAGAUUACAUCAUACUUUACUAAUUGAAGUUAUAAUCACAAUAAUGCAUGACACAUAAAAGACUCUACUGCCUCGUUUCCAGGUCAUUAAGAGAUUACAGUUAAUGGUGUGUGUGUUAGGAGCAUACACAUGCCAGCAUCGGAAUGAAAUGAUCUUUCUUGGUUUUGUUUUGUUUAAAAUGGGAGAAAAUGGUGUCUAAAUUUCAGUUGUAUAUAAGGAGUCAUCAAACUGAUAUAAAGUUUGUUUUACAUAAUGUAUUCUUGAUAAGCAUCGUGUGAAUACUAGUUGUACUAAGUUUUGAUACAUGAUCAAAUGAAAAAGUUUGUAGUGUGUUCAGUGUAUUUGGAUUGUACUGGGGCCAAAUCGGCCGGUCAUCUGCGAACAGUGUGAACAGGAGAACAAACUGAAUGUUGCCCGACUGAAUGUAGAAAACUGAAGAGAUGCUGCUUGGUGGAAAGGCAUGUCUAAGAAAGGAAAUACUGUCAGCAUUUCUUCUGCUACAAAGAGGGCUAACUCUUUCAGUUGUACAGCUUUGCUUGGUUGACCCAUUUGCAAAGACAUUGUGGUGCUAAAUAGUUAAACAAUGCUUCAGUGUUUUAGCCGAGGUAUGAGGAUUGGCUUCUGGUUUAAGCAAAAAAGAAAAAAAUAUUAUUUGUGUUGUUAACACGGGAAAUCUCUGAAAUUUCUGUUCAUAUUUAGUAAUUGAGGAGAAUAGCUCUAUGUGAAACUUAGUCAAGUUUUCUUUUCCCAGAAUGUUGUGAUGUGUAUGUUGUUUGUACUUAUGUUUUGUAUGCCUGCCAGAAUAAUUAUUUUUGGAAUUGUUCAGGAGAAUUCAACUGAACUGAAUUGAAUUGAAUUGAAUUUGAUCAAAGGUCAAGCUUUUCUAUAGAAUUUAAAUGUGGGUUUCAAACCUCUAAGCAGAAAUACAUUGCUGUCAGAACAUCUGAUAUAACUAUGAACAAAAUAUGAACUUCAGCAUUAUAACACCAUAAAUAAUAUUACAAAAUUAACACUUGUAUAAUUCCAUCCAUAACGCUUAUCCUACACGGGUUAUGGGGAGCCUGGAGCCUAUCCUGGAACUCUGGGCACAAGGCGAGGGACACCCUGGACAGUGUGCCAACUCCAACCUCGGAGGUGCGAGGCAAACGUGCUAACCAUUAAACGUGCUUUUUAAAAUAAUAAACCAAAUCAACAAAAUAAUCAGCACCUGCAUUAAACAAUGUUCAUACCAUCACUGAGUAAAAUUAAGCCCAUAAUGAGUAAUUACAAUUAACUAUGGAUUAUAUUCAUGCAUUCAUCUCCAGUGCUUUAUCCUUGUCACAGUCAUGGACCCAGAGCCUAUCCUGGGAUCGCUGGUUGAAAAGCUGGAAUACGACCUGGAUGGUUUUAACACAGUUAUAAUACCUUUCUCUUUUGUAAAAGAUUGUCUCUUUUAUCCAGUUCAUUCCAGCCUUUCACAUGUGCAAUGCGUAUUUUUCUAAUUGUCAGCCAACAACUUGCGUGUAUAUUCUGCUUCUAAUCACACUUGAAUGCAGUUCAACUAAAUUCCUCUUAUCCUUGUACGAAGAGUUCAUCAGAGUAUACAGAUGUUUAACAGCUGGAAAUACCAUGGUUGGAUUAAAAAAACAUACUAAACACACACACACACAUAUAUAUUAUAUAUAUAUAUAUAUAUGAGAGAGAGAUUUAAACUUCCUUAUUGAUUUAAAUAUUUAAUAUUUAAAUAUGUGAAGUGUUAAAAACCUACACGAAGAAUGAGUAAAACCAUUCAUUACUAUUUUCAAUCAAAGGUUAUGAUUUUUUAUUACCUCAUUACUGUAGAAGUUGACAAAUGAUCAUUCUGUCAAAACAAACAAACAAAAAAAAAACUUAGUGGAGUCAUUUGUAGUUAUAAACAUACAGCUUCAGACCUUUGAUUGUUCCAACAAAAACAGUUUUAGUAAUAUCUGGCAUCAUGCAGACUUUUGCUGUUGUAGAUUUCCUUUUCUUUCUUUCCUUCUUUUUUUUUUUUUUUUUUAUUGUUACAGUAUAUUACAGAGUUGCUUCUCCACUGCAGUAUGAUUAAAUAGCACAAUACAGCUGA